UAUCAAGGACAUCUCGAUAAUUGCCGCCUGCGGAGGACAUUGGCUGUUCUAUAAUAGUUCUAUUCAUGUGUGAACAGAACAUCGCAGUGGAGGUUCAAUGUCUCGAAAUCUCGUACUCUUAACAUCUCUGAGAUGUUUUUGUGCUCGCUGGGUAAUUGAGUUCAUCAGUGCUCUAGUUUGACUUAUUUUUUCAAUCAGAUAUUGCGCUUGGCGCUAUUUGUUGUUUUGUUUAACACCGGCAACACCGUAAACCCGUUGCUUUGAGCCAGCAAGAGCCAACAGCCAAGCAAAUAUACAAAUCGAGAAAUAGUCCAGUAUAGUAUAACUUGUACAUUUUGGCCAUAUUUUCUUCCAAAUGGAUAGAAUACUCAAACAGCUCGAAAGUGUUCAUUUAAAAGAAAGGAGAGAAUUAUUCGCUCCUGUGGAAAUUGAGAAAGAUUCUUCAUUCAUAAAAGAUUUAUUCCGCAAUAGCAGAAUGUACAAUGCGUGGGAUAACGUUAACUUCCACACUCCAUAUUCCCGAGUCAAAGUAGGCUCAUCUUCCGAAGAAUAUAGGGAAGUUAUUGAGGAUUUCGAGCAUUACUUGUCAGCAGAGGUGCAGAAGAUUGUGAGGGUCCAGAAUCCCUUUCUCUAUCUACAAUACGAACUGAAACUGGAACAGAAGAAAUACCGGCACGGCAGUGUCAAGGAAUAUCAUCUCUACCAUGGCACGAAAGGUUGCAAUGUCAGAUCCAUUUGUCGAGAAAACUUCGAUUGGCGUGAACUUGGAGCUAGUGGCUUUAGGCCAGACAAAUUUGGCAGAGGGAUUUCUUUCUCACCAUCUUCCAAUUAUGCUUCGGAUUAUCCAAGACGUUGUAAUGAGAACCCACGAGUUAUGUUUGUGGCAAGUAUAAUGGAGGUGUCAAGAUGCAAGGGCAAGAAUGGUAUGUUAAUUCCCCCCCUACCCCACGAUACCUCUGCAGACCUCAAGCAUAAUAAUGUGGUGGUGAAAUAUUUUGAUAAUGAAUUCUAUCCGGAAUAUAUAAUAUAUUAUAAUUUUUAUUAAGAGUACAUUUCAGAAAAUAUUUUUUUUUUAGAUAAAAGUUAGGUU